AUGGCCGCCUCGUCGAGUGACCGCGACCUCAACCCGACUGUCGAGGACUACCACUCGGACGACAGCGAGGACCCCGUCCUCGAGUCGUUCCGUCGCUCGCCUGCCGCAAAUGUCGCCGCAAAACGCUCCCAUCCGUCUGACUUGGGCACAGACAAGCCCCAAGCAGACAAGGAGAAGAUGGUUCACAUCGACCUCCAGAGCGACUCUGGGUAUUCCAGCCACACCGCCGGGACCAUGAGCAGCGCUGAUUCGGUCCCAAGUGCGAAGACGUCGCAAACCUCCACUGCCCCCUCGAGCGCUGCCUCCAUGCCUCCUCCUAGCCCCGCCGCCUCCAGGCGACGCCCGACCGUUGUCGAGGACCGGAGGAAGCCUGCCGAGAGCCCGCGCAGGCCGCUGCAGCGCAACAACUCGACUGCCUCUAAACAACGACCAGCUGCUACUCGGAGACCGACUAUAUCACAGACAAAGACACAGACAGAUGAGUGCAGAGACCCCAAUUGCACGGACUGCGGGUCCAAUGCACCUCCUCGUCGACGUGGCAGGCGCGAAUCCGUCGCGGUGGACUCUGGCCUCGACCUUCCCCACCCCCCUUUCGAUGUGCGAUCGCAGCGCUCGGAUCCCGCACCGUCCACCUACGCCUCUCCGCCCUCUCCGACUUACAAAAGGCAACCUGCUCCCUACAUGCAAGGUUCAACCAUGGUGCAGCCCGCCCAGACACGUCCACGGGUCUCGUCGACUGCUCGCCGUCCCAUGAGCUACCACGGAGACCCUGGCUCAAACUACUAUGCGCCGGGUAUGCCCGCACCAUACCCUAGUCCGCCUCAAGAUUUCGGCCCUCCACCCUCCAUGUCCGCUCAAUACUCGAUGCCACAGCACCAUCAACAGCAUCCCCAGAUGGCGCCGUUCAUGAUGGGUACACCUCCGUCCCAUUUCUAUCAGGGCGGCCAUCCAAUGGCUCAAGCUCAAGCUCAGCACAUGUCCCAGGCAUCACCACCCUACGAACAUCAGAGACCGUCGCUGUCGGCUCGCAACCCCUCCAGCUUCCAUGCACGCAGGCCCGUAUCUGGAUACGGGCCGGCAAUGGUGACCCAUGAGAAUAACAAAGCGGAGCCGCCUAUGCCAUCCGCCCGCUACGGAAACGCUCCUCAGAGUGCCAGACAGGAGCGCUUUCCCAUGAAGGCACUUAUGCAAACGGCGCAUCACGAUUCUGAGAGCUCCGAUGAAUACGAGUCUUCAUCCGAAGAAGAUGUCCCUAUCGCACCUCCACCGAAGCAGCUCAUGCCACCGCCCAAGAUCAAGAGUAAAUCUAAGAAAGAGCAGAGGCCUGUUCUCCGUCACGCCAAGACUACUCAGGUCACCCAGGUCUACAACGAUCGCCGUGAACGUCGCCAAUCGGUGUCUCAGCCACAGAUGUUGCCAGAACGUCCCAGGGAAAAGGACAACAGAGCAUCCCGUGUCAGCACUGCACCACCUUCGCGGUCGAUCUCGACCAGUCGUCCCGGGCCGCCCAAGCGUGUGACACAGUCGGCCUACGACACGCCCCGUGCUAGGGUACUGGUCGAAAACCCUAGGACCAGCCGUCGCCAAUCUUACCAAGCAUACGAGCGGGCGUACGAGCCGCAGUACGAGCCGCAGUACGAAGAUGAAUAUGACUCGGAGCUAGAGGAACGCCGCCGACGUCGUCGUUCGAAGGUCUAUCGCAAUGAGGAGGAGGAUGCUAUCCUCGUCACUGAAAGACCCCCUCGCCGGCGAACAGACGCUUCCAUCAAGCGCUCCGAGUACUUGGUCGGAAGAGAGACUGCCCAGGUAAUGAACGAUGUCGAAGCAUACCAGCAACGCACACGCGGAACCUACGAACCCUUGAGCGAGCAGGUCCACAAAGUUGCCAAACAGCGCGCGUCACGUGUACCAUCGGACCCCGAUCGCAAGACUCGCAUCAGCCAGUCAGCUCGCACGGCAGUUACUAACGGCAAUAACAAUGGCGAGAUCCGCCUUCGUGUCGAUACCUCUGCCCCUCUGAGCCUCUCUUUCAACGGUGACAUGGAAGGUCGUACCCUCCAAAUCAACCCUGCGGAAGAUGGCAUGGCCGAUAUUGUUAUCGGCGGCCAACGCGGGGAAGAUGACGUCUACCGUAGCGAGAAAGGCAGUAUCAGGGGCAGCAGGAACUCGAUGAUCGCAGGUUCAGCCAGACGUGAAGCCGAAGAAGUUUCUGUCAAGAGCGGACGCAGCAGCCAGGGCCGCCGAGAGCGAGAGGUCGAAAGCCGACGAUACGGGGAGCGUGAUCGGGAGGCAGAGCGAAGACCUCUCAGGCGUGAGAUCAGACAGACCAGAUACCACUAG